UUCAGACCGGUUCUUUGCAAUGGUGCGGUUCCUGCAUAUCCAGAACCGGCAGCGAGCCCCGCUAACUCUUUGCGGGGAUUGCCCUGCCGUGCAGGCUGAAGCAUCUCCAUAUUCUCUAGUUGAUAUCUGCUUGAAUGCCUUAGUUGCUGAUUUAGAAAAAUUCUGUGUAGAGAGGCCAGAUGGGUCAUUAUGCUUGAAAGAGUCAGAAAGGCUUCCUCAAGAAGUGGCUGAUCGAUUACUGCAGACCAUGGCAUAUCGAGAGUUAUUGAAUGAUGGGACUGUGGGAAUUUUCCGAGGCAACCAAAUGCGUUUGAAGCAAGCUUGCAUCCGCAAAGCAAAGAUCUCUGCCCAGGCCUUCCAGCAGGCAUUCUGCCACCACAAGCUAAUAGAACUUGAUGCUGCAGGGAUGAAUGAAGCUGUUACUGUUUCAGAUGUUGUGAGUGGGCUGGGUAGCAGUGCAUGGAUCCAGAGUAACCUUCAGUGCCUUGUCUUGGACUCAUUAACUCUUUCUCCUACAAAUCCUUAUGAAAGGUGCUUUAGCCAGCUUUCUGGUCUUCGUUCUUUGAGCAUUACCAAUGUGUCCUUCCGUGAUGAAGAUUUAGCAGAGGUUGCUUCCCUGCCAAGAUUAGAAAGCUUGGAUAUAUCCAGCACUUCUGUCACAGACAUAACUGCACUCGUUGCCUGCAAGGAUCGGCUUAAAUCUCUCACAAUGCAUGGCUUGAAAUGUUUGAAUAUGCCUACACCAAAGUUUUUGGAAGUCAUGAGAGAGCUAAAAUAUCUGAAUCAUCUUGAUAUCUCAGACGAACAGCAUUCCAGAUCAGAUAUACCCUUUCGUGUGUUGGGGGAAAAAGACAUUCUGCCAGACCUUGUAUCUCUGGACAUUUCUGGGAGUAAAUAUAUUACUGAUGAAGCUGUAGAAGCAUUUGUCAGACAGAGACCAACAAUGCGAUUCGUGGGGUUGCUAGGUACUGAAGCAGGAUAUACAGAGUUCCUUUCAGGAGAAGGAACUUUGAAGGUAUCUGGAGGAGAAAACGAAAGCCAGAUUUCAGAAGCUUUAAAGCGCUACAGUGAAAGGGCAUGUUUUGUGAAGGAAGCCUUCUUUCACCUUUUUACGCAGACAUGUUUUAUGAGAAUUACAAAGCCUGAAAUCCUAAAGCUUGUGAUUAUAGGAAUGAGGAAUCACCCUCUGGACUUGGCAGUACAGCUGACUGCUAGUGCCUGUGCCCUGAAUUUAACUAGACAAGGCUUAGCAGCAGGCAUGCCUGUCCGCCUGCUCUCCAGUGUAAUUCAGCUGCUUCUGAAGGCUAUGGAAACCUUUCCUGAACAGCAGCAGCUGCAGAAGAAUUGCCUUCUUUCUUUAUCUAGUGUCAGAAUCCUGCAAGAUGUUCCAUUUAACAGGUUUGCAGCUGCCAAAUUUGUUGUUCAGUGGCUGUGUAACCAGGAAAAUCAACAUAUACAAAGAAUUGCAGUUAAUAUAAUCUCUAUCUUAGCACUAAAGCUUUCAGAUGAACAAGCAGCACAACUUACUGCAGAAUUCUACAUUGUUGUUGGGAAACUUCUUGAAAUAGUUGAGCAGAAAACCAAUCAGAAUGAACUGGACACAACUUUCCAUUUUACACUGAGUGCACUUUGGAAUCUCACAGAUGAAGCCCCAACCACAUGUAGACACUUCAUUGACAACAAAGGACUGGAGCUUUUCAUGAGAGUUUUAGAGUCAUUUCCAGCUGACUCCUCAACGCAGCAUAAAGUGCUUGGCCUUCUGAACAAUGUAGCAGAAGUGAGAGAGCUACAUUCUAGGUUAAUGCAGAAGGACUUUGUGGAUCACAUCAGUGAAUUGUUGAGCAGUGCCGAGAUGGAAGUCAGUUUCUUCUCAGCUGGGAUUAUUGCUAAUUUGUUAUCCAGAGGCGAACAAGCUUGGACAUUAAGUCAAACACAGAGAAGAUUGCUUAUUGAGAAACUGCAUUCAGCCCUCUUGAAGUGGCCAACACCGGAAUGCAAGAUGGUAGCACUGCCAGCCUAUAGGUCCCUCAAGCCGUUCUAUCCAUUACUCGAUUGUUUUACACUACCUGGUGUACAGAUCUGGGCAGCGUGGGCCAUUCUGCACAUUUGCUGCAAAACCCCUGCCAGAUACUGUGCUAUGUUAAUAGAAGAGGAUGGGCUACAGCAUUUAUAUAAUAUCAAAGAAAAUGACCAGAGUGACCCAGAUGUCCGGUAUCUAACAACUGAAGUUCUGACUUACAUGGAUACUCACAUGAUGUAUUAUGGAAAACCUAAACACCUAAAGGAACUACAAGCCAAAUCAAAUGGAUAACUAAGUGCAGCUGAAGCUUUAUCCUGCAACUUUCACAAGCUGUACUAGUGAUUUCUUACCCUUCCAUGGGCAUCAAAGGUGGCCCCUUCCUGUAAGAUUACUGCUGUCUACAUUUCAGGACAUUUGUAUGGCAUGCACGUCCAGGAGCCUUCUACAAGGAAUUCUAAUUCAGGACUUCGGAUAGGGAAAAAGAGGUGUUGGUCCUUCAGUUUUCCUCCAUUUGCAAGGCAUCCUAGAGAAAAUAGCUUAGUAGUUUACCAUAUGAGGCUAAACAGAGGCUGAUGCUUGCAAGCCACCCAUUGUGUAUGGUGACAAAAUUAGGUCUCAAGGACACUGGAAAGGGAGGCUUUAAAACCACUUGUUCCUCUUCCUGUAAUCUCUGUCCCUGUAUGUCAACCCAGGAACUAUAGCAGGUGUUGCCUAUGUCCUGUCAACUGUGGAGACAAUGUUGCUGUAUUACUGCAGGCAGAUAAUUGGAAUGAUGCAACGAGAUACAGGGGAAAACUUAAAAUGCCACGGGAAAAGAUUAGUGAACUGUUAUGAAAAUCCUGGAAAAGAGAAUACUGACUUAUUUGUGGCAUUUAAACCAUUGGAUUAGGCUACAGAAGGUCACUGCCAGCUGCAAGUUUUUAAUGAGCUGCUUGCACAUAGGCACCUGCAUGUCCUAGAGGGGGAAGAGUAACUUCUAGUCAACUGUGAAGUUUAUUUCCACAAUCCAUCACAAGGUCCUGUGUAAACUGCUUUACUGUGGGAAUGUACAUAUAAAUUAUUUUUAUACAAGGGGAGAAAAUCUUUCAAACUGUUCAUAUCUAAAAUGUCUAAAUACGGCAUUUAUAAAUUACAAGUUUCAACUUUCAGUAAACUGGUUAGCAUUAAUGGAGAAAUAAUGGCUGUACAAAAGAAACAGGAAUACCAGGGGCCAAAGUAGGUGAUACAGUAUUGAUAAUAUCCAUACAAGGGGGAUGGGUAGAAGGAUUGGGGAUACUGAAAGGCUCAUGUUGUCUUUUUCAACUUUAUAGAAAUCCCCACUGAAAGGAAAAACAGGACAGAGAGCUUUUCAGUAGGAAAUCUUGGGAGGUGGAAGGAUAACAUGCCUCCAUGUUGUACUUUAAAUGGCCUUCUUACUGUCAGAUUUUAUAGAACAUCUACACAACCAAUGCUGUAAUGUGGUCAUGCUACCAUAGCACUCACUUUGCGCCUCCCCCCUCCCCCCUCCUUAAUAAAAGGGAAAAUAAUUUAGGCAAGUCUUUACUGUUUUUGUGCAUUUGCUUGAUGUACAUCAAAUGUUAACCACAUCUGUUCAGAAUA